AGUGUCACAUUAUCUGGAAGCAGCAUUGAUGUUUGUGAAGCUGCAUCUGUGGACUUACUUUGGAGUGUCAUGGAGCGACCACUGUCUGUGCUUGUAGCUCUUGUCCUGAUGUCAUUCUGCGAAGGCUGGGACGCUCCAGGAUUUUGUCAUGGCCAAACAUGUCCUGAGUACCGAUUAGUUCAAAAAACCCAGGAUUUCGAGGAGCGUCUAUAUGUUGCCACAAGCUGGAUUACCACCACAAUCAAGACGAACAACGGAUUAGGUGUAAUGGCUGCAAACUCUAAGCUGAAAAAUUACUGCAAGAAACACAACCAUGCAGGCCAAGAUGUUCCGAUCCGUGUAGACACCUGGCCUGCACUGCUCACCAUUAAUCAGGAGGGUUCCCUGUCCUGGUUUAUUCCUCCUGGUACCAUGCCUGACAUCACUGAUGAAUCCAUCAGACUGGAAACAAGACCCGAGGCCACUGUCUACGUCAGGGUGUUUGGUGGAACUCCAGACCUUAAGAGCGGUAAUGAUGCUGCAAAGGAGCUGCGUGAUGCCUUGACCAAAGCUGGGAAAACAUAUGAUCUCCUUACUUUCUCUGGGGCUGCCUAUGAUCUAUACUUCUCUGUUGAUCACCACAAUGAGGUCUGGAUCUAUGCUGUAUGAUGACAACAUGCAUCAUCAACUGAACCCAGUAAACUGUACAUCAUAUAAUGACAUGUGUUCUCCAAUAUUAUCUUCUAAAUAAAUCUACUCCACUCUGAAGUUAAAUGACAAACAAUUUUUUUUUUCUCUCUACACUGUCAAGAGUUUGCUGUACUGUAAGGUCUUCAGAUGGUAUGUUGUUAUUUGAUACUAUAAAAGUCAAAACAACAGACAUUAGAUGGCGAGACAACAGACCAAAGAAAUCUUGUGUUGUCUGACUUUUUUUUUUUUCAGGAAUGUUGUGGUAUUUACGUACAGCCACUUUUUGUUAAAAAGUGACGAUAGUUAUUGUCUGCUAAUGCUUUUUUCUCGAAAACCUUUGGUGUUGAUAAUAUCUCUUUUCAUAUAUAUUGCCUUUUCACAAUAAACUGUUGACAAUUGUG